GCUAUCCAACAUGAAUAUUCGCAUCACCAAUCUCCUGCUUUUUUGCGUCGCAAUCGCUGUGAUUCAAGCUCAAGAAAUCUGUGAUCAUUUGGGAACUUUGCCUUACGAAGAAAUUGGUUGUACUCCGACUUUGGGACCAAAUGGUUGUCCAAAAUCGUUUGACUGUUCUCAUUACGAAGUGCCUAGCGAUGGUUGUAUCUUUAAAGGACAAACUUACCAAAAUCGCGAGUCAAUAAACGGUACUAAUCCUUGUAAUGUAGGCUGUUUUUGCAACGCUGAAGAAUCUUUUGAACCCACAAUUAUUUGCGCUGCGAUUGGUUGCCACUGGAAUGUUUACAACGAUUGUUAUCGAGUUCAUGAUUUGGAUCUUUGUUGCCCCACCGAUCAAAUCUGCCCACCUUUUGAUGAUUUGGGUACUUGCCAAGUCGAUGGUAAAACCUACAAGGAAGGAGAAUAUUUCCAACCAGAAGGACAAUGCUUAAAUUGCGUUUGCCAGAAGGGAUUUAUUGGCGAAUUCGUUGAGCCCUUCUGUCGCCGUGUUAAUUGUGACUUGGAAUUGCGUUUCGCUAAGCAGAUUGCUGAAGGUUGUGCUCCUGCUUACACUAGAACUGCUGAUGCCCUUUGCUGUCCAAUUGACUAUAUUUGUCCGUCAAACACGUUGAGUAUCUCUGCCGUUGAAGAUUCUACCGUUUCCGAAGACAAAUGUAUUUACGGCCAACUCGAAUUCAACAUCAACGACGUUUUAAACUUAACUUAUAACAGAUAUAAUCAACAGAAAGUAGCAGAAUGUUCCUGUAUUUUACCACCGCAUUUGACAUGCAGAUCAGAUUUUUAGUCGUUGAUUCUCAAGUAUUAAAUAAAAUAAAUACUGUGAUUCAGAAUUUUUUUAAA